ACGCGUACCGGAGCCGGUUAAGACUCGGCAAGACCCACGAAUUUUCCUGAGCUGUCGUCUCGCCAGAGGUAAACACAGAAGAGAGCUUAUAGAAAUCGAACCAGAUCUCUCUCUCUUUUGAUUUUGAAUUUUCAGCAGCAAAGCAAAGCAAAUCGCAGAAGUCGUCUGAGAGAGAGAGAGAGACGACCGCGUUACAUCGGUGAGCACCACCACUUGUGCGAUUCUCUUUCGUCAUCCGUCAUCCAUCAUCCUCUCUUUUUUUUUUUCUCUCCGUUCAAAAUUCUUCAGUUUUGCCUGCUAAUAACCGCCGGAUUAGAUUGAUUGUGAUCGGAAAUAACACAUCCCGGAGAUAGGAUUAUAGGGUCUGGGUAAGUAAUCCGAUUAGGGGGAAUGGAGUCGGACAAUGGCAAGGGGUUGAUACUAGCUGUAGCCUCUAGUGUUUUCAUUGGUUCCAGCUUCAUUCUUAAGAAGAAAGGUCUCAAACGCGCUGCUGCUUUUGGCACCCGCGCAGGUUAUGGAGGUUAUACAUACUUAUUAGAGCCUCUUUGGUGGGCGGGCAUGGUCACAAUGAUUGUUGGAGAAGCUGCAAACUUUGUGGCUUAUAUUUAUGCACCGGCUGUACUUGUUACUCCUCUUGGUGCUUUAAGUAUUAUCAUCAGUGCUGUUUUGGCACAUUUCCUAUUAAAAGAAAAACUUAAGAAAAUGGGGGUCCUCGGAUGUGUUUCUUGCAUCGUCGGCUCCGUUGUUAUUGUCAUCCACGCACCAAAGGAGCAGACUCCCAAUUCCGUUGAAGAAAUUUGGAAUCUCGCUACUCAGCCAGCUUUUCUAAUCUACGUAGCCAUAACCAUGUCCAUUGUCCUUGCUUUAAUUCUGCAUUUUGAACCCCUGUGCGGCCAAACGAACAUUCUUGUUUAUAUCGGAAUAUGUUCGUUAAUGGGUGCUCUCACUGUUAUGAGCAUAAAAGCUAUUGGGAUUGCGAUAAAAUUAACAAUGGAGGGAGUAAGCCAGAUAGGGUAUCCACAGACGUGGCUUUUUGCCAUGGUUGCAGGAACCUGUGUAGUUACACAAUUGAUUUACCUAAACAAGGCUUUGGACACAUUCAAUGCAGCAAUUGUUUCUCCAGUAUAUUAUGUAAUGUUUACAACCCUCACAAUUGUUGCUAGUGCAAUUAUGUUCAAGGAUUGGUCUGGGCAAAACGCAGCCAGCAUAGCCUCUGAAUUAUGUGGAUUCAUCACUGUGCUCACAGGCACAAUGAUACUCCAUGGUACGAGAGAAGAGGAACAACAAGCUUCUUCAGAACAAGUAAGAUGGUACGAGUCAAGAAAGAGCACGAACGAAGAACAUCUGAUAAGUCUGUACAGCCCUGAAUACUAGGAAGAAGAAGAAGGUGCCAUCUCUAGACUCCCAAUAGAAUGAAAGAAUUUUGCCAAGAACAAGCCUCAGGGAUCUUAUAACUGAUCAAUCAACAUAUCUGAGGGAAAAUGAAGUCGGGUUCGUUUCUGUAUUUUUUGUUUGUGGUCUCUGUACAGACAAAAGUUUGUCUAGUUACACUUCAUAUAUUCUUUAGUUUUGAUCACUGUGUCUCUUCUUAGUUCAUAUAUUCUGUUAUAUAUAUUUAUAUCAUGUAUCUUCAUUUUUCUAGGAUGAAAUAUUCUUUACUGUACUCGACUGAACGAAAAAAAUAAAGUAAAUGUUUGAUUAGAA